AUGCCACACGCCACAGCGUCUCCCCUGACCAGCAGCCGGGCCAUCCUCUCCUGUGCCCUCCAUGUGCCGCGCCAUCCUGCUCGACAGGCACAGCGGCAGGCCCUGGCCGCACGCACAUCAGCGCGCUCGUUGAGCCCAGCGCUAGCAGGCAGGCGCCGACCAGCUCCAUCGCCAGCACCUGCCGCAGGCGGCGGCGCUGAGCAGGCGGACCUCCACCCCCAGCAACAGCAGCAGCAGCAGCAGGACCCCCUGGACUGGUCUAAUCUGCAGGUCACCGUUGAGUUUGUGUUCACCGUCCAGGGGUGCUGCACGCUGCGGGUACACGGCCGCCUGCCAGACCCACACGAGGCGGGCACGGCGGCGGUGGUAGCUGCAGCGCUGGUCAACCUGCACAAGCGGCAGCGGGUGCUGGAUGUGGCGGUGGCCUCCGCACGUGCGCAGCUGCCCGGGGCCCUGGAUGCCGCCAUGCUCAAGCGUUUUGAUGAGCUGGCGGCGCAGGGCAGGCAGGGCGCGGCCAUGGAGCUGCUCAGCUUUGGCCAGCUGCGCGCGCUGUGCAGCCGCUUUGCUCCCGAGCUGUGUGCCGAGGUGGAGGAAGAGAUUCUGCAGCAGGCUGCACUGCUCAAGGCCCAGAACAUGAGGCCAGCCCCGGCCGACAAGCAGCAGAGCAGCGGCGCCGGCAGAGGCACCGCUGAAGCCAGCAGCAGUGGCACAGCCAGCAGCAGCCCAGGCGGCGGAGACGCCGGUACUGGCAGUACCGCCAGGUUCAAAGUGCGGCCCGGCUUUGAUCUGCCGACCGAGAUGGUGCGACUGCCCAGGUGGCAGGGCUGGAUGCGCCGCCUGAGGGAUGCGGUGGUGGCCUGGCAGCUGGAGCAGCACCGCGCGCAGAAGCAGGCAGCCGAUGCCGCAGCUGCGGCCGGCAGCGGCAGUAGCAACGGCAGCAGCGGCAGUAGCAGCGAUUCCGUGGCAGCCAGCCAACAUGCAGCCGCAGCCGCAGCAGCCGCAGCAGCAGCGCCGCCGCCUGCGCCGGCGGCAGCUGCUGCAGAGAAGGCAAAGGAGAAGGCGGGGUUGGUGACAGUGACGGGCGCCCCCAGCGGAAGCCUGCUGGCUUCCUUCUCCACCGCCUGCACCACGCCAGACGGCCAGCCCAUGCGGCAAGAGGUCCGCAUCGCUGUGGCGCCGCCCAUCGGCCCGCAGCUGCUCAGCAAGAUCCGGGAGGAGCCCGGCUGGCUAUCCAAGCUGGCCGUGUUGUAUCCGGGACUCAUGGCGGCUGCAGCCACGCCCGAGCGGCAGCUGCAAAAGGCGUUGGAGGCGACCGCUUGGCACCACAUCCGCCUCGACCCCUCCUGCUCCUUUGCAUGCACCCUGCACCCCGGCCCGGAGGAGGCGGGCAGCGCAGAGGCAGCAGCAGGCGCAGCACCAUCGGGGGCGCCGCAGGGCGGUGCCAGCGAUGCCGCCGGGUUUGAGUUUGGCGGGUGCAGCAACGAGCUCAGGGCGCUCAUCUAUGCUCUGGCAUGGCUGCUGGACGUGCAGCAGGAGGGCGACGGGGAGUUCAGCGGCGAGUGGGUGCCGAAAGACGGCCGCAUCCGGCUGCGGUGGCGCGGCGGCGGCGCGGGCGGCGGCUGGAGCCGGCCGUGGUCAGCGCCGCAGCAGCGGGGGGGCCUGGCCGCCAGCUACGGCUUGCGGGUCUGGCCCCCGGCGCCAGACGGCAGCACGCAGCUGCCUGCGGAGGCUGCCGACGACCCACGGCUGGAGCAGGAGGCACGCACGACGGAGCUGAGUCAGCGCCAGCUGGAUGCACUGCUGGACUGCCUCGACGCCUUCUCCCACCAGCACCCCGGCUUUGUGCAGCUGCUGCUGCCCGAGCCGUUGAGCGCGCCGCCGCCGCGCUGGCGCCAGCGUCUGGCCGGCUUGUUCCGCGGCAAGCCAGCCGCCGGCGGCAGCGAGGAGGAUGACGGAGCAAGCGGUGGCGGCGGCGGAGCAGAGCAAGCGGAGGCGGGAGGAGGUGGAGCCCAGCCUGCGGCGCCAGAGCCGUGGUUCUACUGCGAUGACUGCGGGGACACCAUCAAGAAGCCCAAGAUUGCGCAACACUGCAACCAGUGCAGCGCCAGCGGCUUCACCUGCAUCGACUGCUCUGCCAGCUUUGACCGGCGCAGCGUGCAGGGCCACACCCAGUGCGUGACGGAGCACGAGAAGUAUGCUCUAGGGGCCACCAAGCCGGGCGGAUACGCGGCGGAGGGCUUUGCCGCCAACGGCGCCGCCAAGCCGAGCCAGGACGGCCAGGCCGAGGGCCUGGAGUUCCUCAGCAGCCGCCCCCCCUGGAAGUGCUCCAUCUGCAACGUGACCUGCACCAGCCAGGACGCGCUGAUGGGGCACGCCUCGGGCGCCAAGCACAAGCGGCGGGCCAAGGCGGCGCUGGCUGCCAAGGACGGUGGGCAGCAGCAGGAGCAGGCCCAGCCGCCAGCGGCCGCCGACGCUGCCACGGCGACCGCUGCUGCCAGCAAGGAGCAGCCGGCAGUGGAGGCGGUGGCGGGAGAGCUGCACGCCAAUGGCAGCGAGGGGAAGAAGAAGAGGAAGAGGAACAAGAAGGGGAAGGCCAAGGAGGGGUCGGCUGCUGGGGAGGAGGCUGCGCAGCCCGCGGCGGAGGCAGCAGCUGCGAAUGGCAGCAGCAAGAAGGAGAAGAAGAAGAGCAAGAAGCAGAAGUCAGAGGCUGCGGAGCCUGCGGCACCAGCCGCUGCUGCCACGGAGCAGAUUGCACCUGAGGGCGGCAAGAAGAAGAAGAACAAAAAGAAGCGGAAGGCAGAGGCUGCGGAGCAGGAGGCGCCAGUGAAGGACCAGCCUGCAGCAGAUGGCGGCACGAAGAAGAAGAAGAGCAAGAAGCAGAAGGCAGAGGCUGCAGAGCCGGCGGCACCAGCGGCAGCCGCCGUUGCCAUCGAGCAGCCUGCAGCAGAUGCUGGCAAGAAGAAGAAGAAGAGCAAGCAGCAGAAGACAGAGGUGGAGGCUGUGCAGGAGCAGCCUGCGGAGAGCAGCAAGAAGGACAAGCGGAAGAGGAAGAAGCAGAAGCAGGAGGGCAAGGCCGCUGCCUGA